AUUACUGCGAAUGACAGGGCAAGAAAUUAUCCAGAAGGUACAUUUCAUGCGGACGAUGGCCGGUUGUUUUGCUCUUUGUGUAACGUGGUGGUUGAUCACCUUCGAAAGUUUGUGGUGGACAAGCACCUGGAAGCGGCUUCACACAAGCGGAACGCAGAAAGAAAGGACAGUGGGAAGCAGCAAACUCUCAAAACAGUGAUGAACUGCAAAAUAGUGGCUCAACUAGAGAAAGUUCAUAUUAGUCACGAGUGGAUCAAAGUGUGUACCGCGGCAAACAUUCCUCUUCACAAGUCGGAUAACCCCCUGAUGAGAGAAUUUCUGCAAUCGCGUGUUGUUAAUGGUGGAGCCAUUCCCAAAUGUUCGCAGCUAUGCGACUAUUACCGUUUUGAUGUUUAUCAAACAGAAAGGGCUAAUAUGAAAGAGAUCAUCAAAAACAAAAAGUGGCACUGAUUGUAGACGAGCUGAGCGACGAUGAAGGUCGCUACGUAGUAGAUUUCACGGCUGUGUUGUUGAACUUUGACGAGCUUUCCCCCAAUGGCAAUUCUGUGGCGUAUUUGCUGGACACGCAUUUCUUAAAUGCAACUAACAAUAGGACCGUG